AUGGACACAGGGGAAGUUCAACUAUCUUUGGAACGCACAAAAAGAUCUCGUGCAACGCAUACGUCAUUUCCGGUGACGUUGAAGGAAGAACGGCUGAGCAGGAAAGAACACAAUGCAGAUGAUGCCCGAGAAGAUGAUUAUGAAUCCGGAACGGAGCGGGAACACACCCACCACACCACCAAUGAUGGACUAGGGGAGUCCUAUAUAUUGGGACUGUGGGAGGUUUAG